AUGUUGAGAACAUUAUGGAAAAGGAUGAAUAAUAAUGAUGAUCGGAAUGCAAUCUAUAAUGAUCAGGAUAGUUAUGAUGAUGAACAAGAAUCGAUCGAUCAUUCGUGUCUACAGGAACACUGCCAUUUUUUGUUGCUAUCUCAAAAAGAGGACCGAAGAGCUGAACGAUCACUGAUAGCGGUGGCAAUUUUAAGUACCGUUUUCAUUGUUGCUGAAUUCAGCGGUGGCGUUUUGGCCCGCAGUUUAGCAAUAAUGACCGAUGCUGGACAUAUGCUUAGUGAUUUGCUCUCUUUUAUCAUAUCGAUCAUAGCAAUCCGGCUUGCACGGUCUCCUGCAAAUCACCGAUUAUCGUUUGGUUUUCUUCGUGCAGAAAUUUUGGGUGCUACGAUAUCGAUUAUAAUUAUAUGGAUUCUUACAACGAUGCUUGUAAUGCUUGCUUUACAACGGAUUAUCAAUAAUGAUUUCGAGGUUGAUGCAAAUAUGAUGAUUGUGACAGCAAGUGCAGGCGUAUUAUUUAAUAUUAUCAUGGGACUCGUUCUGCGGUAUUUUCGUUCUGCUCACUCGCAAGAUAUGGGUCACAGUCACAACCAUACUAAUGUGAAUGUACGAGCGGCUUUUAUCCAUGUUCUCGGAGAUUUCAUCCAAAGUAUCGGUGUUCUAACUGCCGCUAUCGUGAUUAAGAUAACAGGUUGGAAAUUAGCUGAUCCGUUAUGCACCUUCCUUUUUUCUAUAAUCGUACUUAUCACAAGUGUUACUGUAAUUCGUGAUAUUUUCUUCAUAUUAAUGGAAGGAACACCGGCACAUAUCAAUUAUGGUAACUUGCAGAAUGAUUUGUUGAGCAUAGAUGGUGUAAGAACGUUGCACAGCUUGCAUGUGUGGUCAUUGAAUAUGGACAAAACAGCUUUGGCAGUUCAUUUGGCCAUUGAUGAACCAGAGAAAGCAACCGAAACAAUGCAGAUAGCUAGUAGACUUAUACGUUUCAAACACGGUAUACAUCUGGCUACGAUACAAAUCGAACAAUACGAAACCUUCAUGUUAUCGUGCAAAUUUUGUAAACCGUUGUUUCAACUGAAUACAGGGAUUGAUAUUUGA